AUGACUACCACCCUGGGCACCUCCAAUGUGCGAGGCGGCCCAUCUCGCUUGACUCGAAUCAACCCUGCCAGAGCCUCGAAGGGCCUCGGAUCGACUCUCCUGCGCCAGAACUCACUGGUCUCCAACAGUGCCCUUGCUCUGGCAUCCUCCUCCACCGCUGUCACCGCGCAGAACCAGACCAGCAAUGAGCCACCGGGCAUGUACCCUGCCAUCACCCAUUUCGCGGAUGCGAUCGCUGCGCUGCCGCGAGAAUACCGGCGGCACACUUCGUUACUGAAGGAGGUGGACGCAAAGGCGUGGGGUCCCGAGGAAAGUCUACAAGACAUUUUGGAGCAUUGUCUGGCCGACAGUGCGACGACAACGAGAGAUCUAGCUGCCGCGUCCCAGAGCCUGACGGCGUCGACUAUGGCUGACGAUGCUCUCAAUCUCAGCGAAGUGAACAGCGUCGCCGGUGCGUCCUUCGAUAACGCCUCUCUCGCCUCAGCUCGGUCUGCCGACCCUAUCAUUAUGCAGCGCCGGCAUCAAUUCCACGCCUUGAGACAGACCCUCAUGACUAUCAUGGUCACCAUGGACGAGAAAAACCAUGUCAUUAACAACGCCAACGAAGAGAUGGGCAGGCACAUUCGCAGACUGGACCGCAUCUGGCCACACAUCGCCGACGAGAUUUCGGAAGAAGCCCGACUGGGCAGCCUGAAGCACUGGGCUUACACAGAGACGAACCCCGUCAAAAAGCCCACUGCGCCCACUACGCGCAGAGAAGCUGCGGCUGCGAGUCUGGCGACUUUGCAUGAGAGCGAGAUUGCGCACAGGAGUGAAGCUCGCAGGGAGGCGGUCCUUGCCAGGAGGCAGCGCACGGCCCAUCAUGCAGAUUCUGACUUCGAUGACUCGAGAGCGCCUACGCGGAAAACAACCACCAGCGGUAAGAAGCGGGCGGCUGAUGCAGCACUGGACCCUACAGGGUUGGGCAUCACUGGCGUAGGCACAGGGAAGAGGAAGAAACCUGAAAAGCCUGCGACCGCGGGUGUGGCCAUGGAACGCUCCAUCAGCAGUGCGCUGGGAGGCCGUCCGAUGUCACGAGAGAAUUCUCAACAGGAAAACUCCAAGAAGAGAAAGGCGUCCGCAGCUGUUACAUCUGUGGCCCGGAAACGUCUCAAUGCCGCAACUCAAGACUCCCCCAAGCUUGCCUCGUCACCGCUCGCCGGAUCCACGGGGAAAGAAGCUUACAAGCGCAGCCCUGCCCUCUCUGCCGUCCGCCCUGCCACGGGACGAGGACGCCAGAAUUCUGCACAGACCGUCGAAAGCGUGAAGGGAAGACCUUCUUCCCUGACAUCGAGCAGAAAUGGGAAUGGCAACAACGUGACUGCCAGUACAUCGGAGUUGAGCAGCUUGGCUGCCGGCAGUGGGAAGGGUACAACAGAAUCCAAGAAUAAUGUGAAAGAGACAAAGACCGACAAAGGAGAGCGGCUGGUGGAAGACGAGCCUGCAAGUCUGAAGGAUGCAGAUGGCGGUGAACCUGCCAAAGGAACCGCAUCGACGGACAAGACCUCUGGUGGACAAGAUGCUGCCAAGGGCGAUCUUCCCGAUGAGGUAUCUGCGAAGGAGGCUGUAUCGCCACGUCUGCCACUGGUCCUGCAGACGACUGAAUUGAAGAAUGAGCGCUUGGGCAGAGGUCGAGCCUCCAAGACUUCAACGCCCGUCGUGAGCACUUUCGCCGAGGUUGACGCCGCAGAGACGUCGUCGACCGGUGGGAAUGGCGGUGCCGCCAACAAGGCCAAACGACCUGCCAGACCGAGAGUAAAGGACCACGGUCUCCACGAUUCCCUGUCGCCGAAAGGAUUGCCGAUGAAGCGGCCUCACAAAAAGAGUGCGAGUCUGUCGUUUCCAUCUACAGCAAGCGUUACCGGUAGUCAACGCGUGAAAGACGAGACGGACCCUCCCACCAAGUCGUCGACUCCCUCAGAGCGUGACUUGGGGGCGAGCAGCAUCGUGAAUCAUACCGACGCAGGAGACGCAGACGAGGAGGAAGAAGAAAACGACGGAUUGGAGGAAGACGAAGAGAGAUACUGCUACUGUCAGGGCGUGAGCUACGGGGAGAUGGUGGCGUGCGACCGGGACGAUUGUCCCCGGCAAUGGUUCCAUCUGGAGUGUAUUGGGCUGAAGAGUGUGCCCAAGAGCGCCAAGUGGUACUGUGAUGAAUGUAAAGAGGUCCUGGCACGGGUGGAGAGGACCGGUGGGAAGGGGAAGAACGGUGGUAAUGGACAUAACGGGAAGUAG